GGCCGCUGUAAGUCUUUUUUUCAGAUUAGUAGUCCUAUUCUUCUGUGAUACUGCUGUUCAUUGUGUACAGUGUCUGCUGAGGUUAAAAUCCUAAAGAUAAUCCAUUUGAUUGAUAAAAGAAGGUCAAGGAUGGCUACCAAUCUAGAAAAAGAAGAAAGAACGUAUAAUAAGCUGUUAAAGGAAGACAAUAUCAGGGAUCAAAAUGGGUCAAGAAGGUUGGAGCAGAACGCAGUUUCGUCCAGUAUCAGCCAAAGACAAGAAGUGACUGCCGAGGAACAUUUUCCCCUAAUGGAGAAAGAAAUGGCAGGGGACAAGAAAGAGUUAAAUGAAGAAUAUGAAGGAACCUGUUUCUGUAAAUACAAUUUGAGACAUUGUCUCCCGGUAGCAUGCUGCUGCAGAAACCCAGAGCUUACUUCAUAUGAAAAUGCUGGGUUUUUGGAGCUUGCAACUUCCUCUUGGGCAAACAGCAUUAUUACAAAGGGUUUCAAAACUACCCUGCAACUUACUGAUCUAGGUGAACUCUCAAAAAAGCAAACUGCAAAACAUAGCCUGAGUAAGUUUAUGAGGUAUUAUGCACAUGAGAAGUCAAAAAACAAUGCUGAAGAUGUCUCUCUUGGGAAGGUAUUUUGGAGAACAACAAGAACAAAGUUUCUCUUGGGUAUCAUUUUCCUUAUUGCAUAUCUAUCAUUGGAGUUUCUCAAGGCUGCUGUGGUACUUAGAAAGGUGCUAGAGUUUGUAGAAAAGCCUACUGGAUCGGUCACAGAUGGGCUAAUAUGGGUUGUUGCUUUGUUCCUGUUUGGAAUUAUUCGCUCACUUCUCAUCAGCUGUGGAUUUCUUAUCAUGCUGUUUGCUGGUAUAGAGGCCAGGGCUGCUGCACUUAGUCUAAUCUACAGAAAAUUAUCCAAGUUGAAAUCUGUUGGAAACAAGUCUAUUGGAGAGCUCGUCAAUCUUUGUGCCAAUGAUACUCAGAGGAUUUUUGAAUGUUGCCAGUUCAGCAUCUUUUUGUUUGGUGCACCAUUUUUGGCUAUUCUGAUGUCCGUUUAUAUGUAUCUAAAAUUUGGACCAUCUUCACUCAUUGGUAUUGGCAUCAUGAUAUUAUUCCUGCCCAUCCAGGCUUUGCUUGGAAAACUCAUUGUUAAAACCAGAGCUAAAGUUAUCCGUAUAACUGAUAAGAGGGUAAAAAUGGUCAAUGAAGUCAUCACAUGGAUUAAACUGAUCAAGAUGUACGCUUGGGAAAUGUCAUUUUCCAAUGUGAUAAAAGAGCUAAGAUCUAAAGAGAAGCGGUUGCUCGCUGGUUUACUGUUAAUGCAGGCAGUGAACAUGUCCAUGGCAACAUUACUCUCCUCCAUCGCCCCAAUUGCAACAUUUGCAGCUCACAUUGCAUUUGGAAACAACCUUACUGUUUCUGAGGCUUUCACCAUCAUUGUUUUGUUCAACAUCUUCCCACCAACUAUUGCCCUUCUUCCAAUUGCGGUGCGUGGCUUGUCCGAGUCAAUCAAUGCCAUAAAACGCUUUCAGAAUCUUAUGAAACUCGAAGAAUUUGUUCCAUUUGAAAAUGAGCCUAGCGAUUCGUCUUUGGCAGUGAGUCUUCAAAAAUGUGACUUUGCAUGGAAUAUACCAGAAGAUGAAAUGAAAGAAAAAGGGAAGAAGAAAAAGACAUCAGAAGCGCAAGAAUCCAGUCAAGAGGCCAACGUCUACACAAAUGGUAAAAACGGAGACACUGAGCCCAAAGUUCAGUUCAAGAAUACAGACGGUCCAAAGCGACAUGGACCUGUACCAAAAGGAAUCACGCCCUUGGAACUCAAACUCAGCCCGACACUUUACGGCAUCAAUCUCGAUGUGAAAAAGGGUUCACUGGUGGGAAUCUGUGGUCGUAUUGGAAGUGGAAAGAGCUCGCUCAUUCAAGCUGUUCUUGGUCAGAUGAAUCUAACUUCUGGUAGCGUGGAAGUGGAAAAAUCUAUUGCAUAUGUACCUCAACAAGCAUGGAUUAUUAAUGAAACUGUGAGGAGUAACAUUCUUUUUGGUGAGGAGUACAACGAUGCAAGGUACAAAGAAUCUUGCAGUAUGUGCGCUCUCAAUAAAGAUCUUGAAGCAUUCGAAAGCGGAGAUCUAACUGAGAUUGGUGAAAGAGGGAUUAACCUUAGCGGUGGGCAGAAACAGAGGGUCAGCCUCGCAAGAGCUCUGUAUUCCAAUUCAGAGUUCUAUUUGCUGGAUGACCCAUUAAGUGCCGUCGAUGCUCACGUUGGUCAAUAUAUCUUCAUGAAUUAUGUGAAAAAAGGACUUAAGAGCAAAACGUGCUUGUUGGUGACACAUCAACUGCAGUACUUGGAAGAUUGUGACGAAGUAAUAUUUAUGGAAAAUGGUCGGAUUGCCGAGAAAGGAACCUAUAAGGAUUUAUUAGCAGCUCAAAAUGGUUUUUCGAAGAUGAUUCAAGACUUCAAGCAAGAAAACCAGAAGGAGGAGCAGAAUGAGGCAAUUGAAGCCAAUGGGCUUGGUCGAAUGAUAUCUGUCAAGAAAGAGAAUACGACACCUCGUAAAACAAGGAAAAGGACUGCCUCGACCUCUUCUUCAAAUUCAAGCGAGUUGAAUUUUGGUUUGGUUGGCAAUGAUGGCGAUGUGGUCGUUGAAGUUGAGCAGAAUGAAGAAGAAAAAAUAGAACGAGGGAAAAUAAUAGCAAAAGAGGAAUCCGCUGUUGGCUCUGUUUCAUGGAAAGUUUACGCUACAUUUAUGAAGGCCUCUGGGGGUUACUUUAUUUCCGCUCUUGGGUUAAUCAUGCAAAUAUCAGUUCUUGGAAUUAUAACUUUCGGAGAAUGGUGGCUUAGCAAUUGGCUAACGACUGCAGAGAAACCUGUUGCUGAAAGGAUUGGGGGUAAUGUGACCAUGGUCGUGUUGAGCCUAGCUGACCAUCCAGAGACGCCCUUUUUCAUGUCGAUAUACGUGGCCGUCGGUGGCGCGAUGUUUUUACUCCAGAUGAUCGCCUCAGUCAUUUUCGUGUGCUUGUUUAUCAGUGCUUCCACGAAUCUACACAACAUGGUUCUUAAGUCGAUUCUUAAAUGUCCUAUGAGGUUUUUUGAUACCACACCAACUGGGCGCAUUUUGAACCGAUUUUCCAGAGACUUGGAUGAAAUAGAUGGGCGCUUGCCGUGGACAACGGAAGCCCUUGUGAAGAAUAGCUCAAGAAUCAUCAUUGCACUGGUUUUCGUUGCUGCGAUAUUCCCUUGGUUUCUUAUUGCCAUCGUACCGUUAGCUCUUCUGUUCUAUUAUUUGUAUUGCAUGUUCAGAAAAACCAACAGAGAGAUGAAGCGUCUAGACAAUACGUCUCGUUCCCCUGUUUUCUCUCAUAUAACAGCCUCGGUUCAAGGCCUCGCAACUCUUCGUGCAUACAAAAAGACUGAACAAUUCCAAGAUAUCUUUGACCAUCAUGUGGAUAGGAACUCGUUGCCUUUUUUCAUGUUCUUUUUAUCGUCACGUUGGUUUUCAAUACGACUGGAUUUUCUCUGUGUUGUUACAUCGACAGUCACGGCUAUUAUCGCUGUAGUUACAGCUGGUUCUUCUGUCUCUCCUGCAUUGGCUGGACUUGCAAUCAUGUACAGCUUAAGGAUUACGGGACUGUUUCAGUUUACCUGUCGACUUGCAGCAGAAACUGAAUCUAGAUUUACAAGUGUGGAAAGAAUGGACCACUACGCAAGGUGUUUGGAACAGGAGGGGCCAUUUGAAAAGGGAGAUGCACCAGCGAAUUGGCCGUCGGAUGGAAGGAUUGAGUUCGUCGAUGUUAAGCUAAGGUAUCGACCCAACCAGCCAUUGGUUCUGAAAGACGUGUCGUUUUCGAUCAAAGCCAUGGAAAAGAUCGGCAUUGCGGGUAGAUCCGGUGCUGGAAAGUCAAGCAUUUUCGUGGCUUUGUUACGAUUAGCUGAAAUUGACGAAGGACAGCUAUUAAUCGAUGAUCAAGAUAUCUCAGAAAUUGGACUGACAGAUCUUCGCUCGAAACUGUCAAUCAUUCCGCAAGACCCUGUGCUGUUUGUGGGUACCUUGAGGUAUAACCUUGACCCUUUUGGAAAACGCGGUGAUGAAGAGCUUUGGCUUGCUCUUGAGAAAGCUCAUAUGAAAGACACUGUUGCAAACCUUCCGCUAAAGCUUGAAACUCUGGUUGUUGAAAAUGGUGAAAAUUUUUCUGUUGGAGAAAGACAGUUACUGUGCAUGGCAAGAGCCCUGGUUCGAAAGAGCAAGGUUUUAUUGCUAGACGAGGCAACAGCAGCCGUUGACACGCACACAGACACAAAUAUUCAAAUAACAAUACGUGAAGCAUUCAAAGAUUGCACAGUAUUAACAAUAGCUCAUCGGUUAAAUACAAUCAUGGAAUGUGACCGGAUAAUGGUCGUAGAUUCUGGUCAGGUUGCUGAGUUUGAUACUCCGUCUAAUUUGAUGUCGGAUGAGUCAUCGAAGUUUUCAACAUUAGUCAAGUCUUCUGUACUUUUUAAAUAAUUUUGACAGUUUCAGUAUAGAUAUGUCAAACACCUUUACAUUUUGUAUAUCCUUAGUCUCGCAAGCGUAUGUGUCGACAGUUUAUUACGUUUUUCAGAGUCAUUAUAGCAUUUACUAGACAAUUAUUACAAAGUAUUUGGUACUGAUGUUAGAAUUAUUUCAGACAGUUCAGAAAAAUAGAUUAACUAUCGUGUUGUGUUGUUCAUUUAAGAAUUAACUUUUUUACACAUUACGAAAAAGGCAGUAUAAAUGAUCGAUUUCAACCCGUAUUGAGGUCAGCACGGGCCGAGAUUAUUAGCCAUGGCUUUUUUGCCCGUAAUCUCAGCCACUUGGCCUUUUUAAUGGCUGAACUUGUCACGACUGCCUGGGUUGUUGAGAUUUUAUUACGAAUGCACCACGAGGGUUAACACGGUCAACCGAGCUCGAACUGACUCUAUGUUGAACAGGACAUUGGUUGAAAAUUCUUAUUGUCUUUAAAGAUAUCGCUCUAGACAGAUCUGAAAACUGUCAUUUUGUGUGAGUUGAUAAAUGAAAGAUAAGGCCACGCUCAAUUAACUCACAGUGCUUCCAGCAAAGAUGUCUUCUUGUUCUCUUUCAACAAUUUUUACUUGUUACAUUCUCUAUUCCCUUAAUCUGUCUUCUUCAUUCUGUUAUUGACAUUAUUUUCAUGUUCAAUCACUGCCAAAAUUACUUGGAGCACCCAACACUUUGCGCAGUGCUUUUCUAUUUUUCAUUUGUUUUCCCGAAUACUACUACUUCCGUCCCCCCCCCCUCAGAACAAUGUUGAAAGUAUAGGAAAAUUAGGGGGAAAGGGGGAUGGCUGAAUUUGCCGUUAAAAACUGACGUUAGUGCUCCUAGACCUUUGGCAGUGAUUGUACGUCGACGUGCUUCGUGUCUGCCAUCCCUUUUUUUCCAUUUUUUGUAGCAAUUGUCCUAAAUUUCAAAGAAUCCCAAAGGCUUCAUUAUACUGACUCAAAGGCCUUAUAUUAAUUGAAAACUGUUUUGCUCAUCAGUGCAUCUGUGCGUACAAGCAGGGUUAAUAGCCAGUGCAGAAUUCACAAUCAAAAUUUACAAGUGACAACUAUUUCUUGAAUUUGAUCGUUAUAGGGGGCUUCUUUUUAGAGAACAUCCCUCUGUAUUAUUGCCCCAUCUAGUGAAUAAUGCAAAGGUGUCUUCGUAGUAAGCUGAGUAGUUUUAAUGCCCUAACCUUCUUGUAAAUUUAUAUGAAUCAGUAUACCUGUAAUUAUUUUUACGUCAAAGGGGCAUUUUUAAUAUUACCUUGUUGAUAGCUGUCAUUGGUUAACCGAUUUUUAUUUACAUCAAAUGCAUAAAAUCAGUUUAUAGCUUUUUUGUUGUAUUCGUAAGAUGUAGAAUAAAACGGAAUGUUCGGUUCAGUUCAGAAACUGCUAUUUUUGCUGCAAAUCAAUGGAUAUCAGUAAUUUAUAAUAUGUCGAUGUGAUCAGAUUUACGGAAAAUGUUGAAAUAUAGAAUUGUAGGAUGUUAGAUAUUAUCGAAAUCAUAGAUACUACGAAAGUGUGGAAAUUUUUUUUUCAUCACUAAAUCAAACAUAUGUUUGUUGUGUUUUUUUAAUUUUCUGUUCGAAAAUACUAGACAAAUCCUUUAAAAUUUUGCAGAUAGAAAUAGUUGAUUUAAAUGUAUAAUUAGAAAUAGCAUAUAUAGUUACUUCAAGUGUGUAUUCCUAGAGGCAGAAUUUUCAAAUCUAACAAAUGAUACGCUGCUGUAAUACCUUUCCUCGACUCCUUCAUUUUUGUGUUCUGCACCCCUUUGUGGGUCAAACCUAGUCAAUCCUUUUUACCGUGCCAAACCUAGCCAAGCCUUUUUUUGCCGUUUGGAGCCCAAAGGCGCCCUUUUAAGUCGAAUAUGGGCUUUUAACAAUAAUAGCAUUUUUUUAAAGUAGGUACACGGGGUCGAACUACCCUAUAUCCCAGUAAGGAUGCAGGCUGCACUAUGAACGCUACCUCUGUUUACCUAAUCUCUGCACUCCCAAUUUUGAUAGGAAAAUCGUUGGUCUCGGCAAGUGGAAAUUUUUACGGAGGAGCAAAGGUUGAUUUUUCAUCCGCUUUCUUACUGUCAGAAAAGCAACUGUCGCAUUUUUUCUACAGUUUUAACAUUUGGAUUGAAAAUAUCUCUAAUUUUGGUACGUGAUUUCGAUGUCGUAAAUGACAUGCCUGUUAUAACUGCAGAAUCGAUAUUACCAUUAAGUAUAACUUAAUUUAUGAAAAGGGAGUGAAAAGAUUAAGUAGAAUGUUAAACGGCUCCUGGUUGCAAUUAUCAAGAAGGACAAACGAAAGCUGGAUUUUGGGUAGCUAAAGAUAAUCAAAGCUGAUGAUCGAAGGUCAGAUGUGGAAAGAUGGUGCACUCAAGGAUGCAUCAAUUAGAUAAAAGAUAAACUUAAAUGCUUAACUUUCAAACUGGGUCGAAAUGACCCACCAUGCCUUUGCAGCUUGGAGACAUUCAGUCUAAGGACCUAUUUGCAUUUCAUCCAAUCAGGCAAAGAGUGUUAAAACAGAUGAAUAUGAUCAUUGGUCUCUUCUUGGCAUCAGACUCACCAGCUUAACCUCUGUGUGGGAGCAUUGGUUCAUUCACAUAUGAAACGCCAGUCAAAAUCGAAAUAUGUGCGGUUAAAAGCCAAUUGUAAAUAAAACCUCUCUUAUUAUAAAGUGGUGACAUAACGAGGAUUUGUUCAAUCAAAGUGUCUCAAUGACUGUGCACGUUGCUCAAGAAUAUCGUAUUUUGCUCUAGUCACCGAGAGAAGCAGUCGAAAACCACACAGCCCGAACGAGAAGAGAACAUGGCCAAAGUAAUCGCACUGUUUGUUGCUGCAGCCUUGAUGGUUUGUUAUGUGGCCUCGCGAACAAUACCGGCUUGUAAAGUUGGGAGUGACUACUACCCUGUCAAUGAACUUUUUGUCACAAACGAUUGCAAACUCAUGUGCAUUUGCCAAGCUGGAAGUGCCGCAGCUUGCUCACCAUUGUGUCCCAAAAAAGUCUCCAAGAACUGCACUGCAAACGAAGGAAUUUUCAUUCGCUAUGAAGUGCAAUCUUUCAAGCCGAAAUGUUUUUGUGAGAGGGAAACAUGCGUACAAAGACACAGUACCUAAUCUGCAGAAAUAGAACCUUUCCUGGGGCUAGAUUUGUAGACGUCAACACCAACGGCUAUGGAUGCUGACCAGCACCAAGUUAUCUCAGACAAAAGAUUGCUCUAUCUACUUUUAGAUUGAAUAAGUACAGCAAGUUAAAACCUUAAAAAUAUUUCACAGCCUAGAGUUUUGUUAUUAAAGGAACAUUCAUAUUAGCUGUUAACAUUUCUGUAUUAUACAUAUUGUUGAUAUUAAAAGUUUGUUUGUACUGCAUAGGGUCGGUCUUAAGCAUGAAUGCAAAGAACAGUGAAAUCUUGCGAAGUCUUUUAUGUAAAGGAAAGAUUAUGGCAAAGGUUUGGUUUAUUUGCUGAUUUUCAUGAUUUUUAUGUUUCAUAUUUUCCUUUUUUAUAAACAAACAGCUUUUUUACUGCAUUUAAAGAAAGAAUAUAAUUCUAGUUUUAGAAAAUUUUUCUUGUAAAGUUCUUGGUUUUGUUUAUUGUUAACGAAUAUGAGUAGUUAUUUGCUAUGUUUUUGGGCGUUUUGUUUUCGCUAGAUCUGAAAUUAAGAGAUCGAUGAUGUAUUUAGUCUCUGUGUGCGACCUACUACCUAUUGAGUUGCAAAUUUUUGAAGUUAUAGCGUAGCUCUGUUUUCUUUUUGGUGUUAUAAAUGCAUUCACUUUUAGUAAAAGUUUUGCUUUGAAGUUGAAAAAUGUCAUUUUU